CUUUUAUCUUUCCUUUCCUUUUUCCCCUCCCCUUUUUCCUUUUCCCUUCCCUUUUUCCUUUUCCCCUUCUCUUCCCCCUUUUUCAUUUUUCCCCCCCCCAAACUCAAUGAGAGCACAUAUUUUUGCCGGGGGAAGGGGGAGGGGGGCAAACAGUAAUAGAUACACCUCUGGUCACAUUGUGAGUAGGUUUGUUAACACUUUAAACGUACGGUAAAUUUGAAAUAAAGGCCAUUUUAUCAGGAAACUGUAAUUAAAAAGGAUUCAGUUUGAUCCAGUUUCUUGGUAAGAAAAUUUAAUUCUACAUUUUGUUUUGUAGAUUUACAAUGUCUAAACGAGGUGCGGAUGAGGAUCCCGGGGGGGUUGAGCCCCCGACAAAGAAGAUUGUGUUUGAACCCCUGCAGCUCGGGUCCAUCACCAACCUAGAGGAGUUGGACGUCAAAACCUUGCAGUUUCAGAAUAGGAAGCUCGGGCAGAGGUUAGCGUUAAAGAACAAGAUGGAAGAGGAGCUCAGGGGCCGGAUAGAUCAGCUGGAGAAGAGACAAACUCAAGACGAUGCCGUUAUCAAUGUUAUUAACAGGUACUGGAAUCAGUUGAACGAAGAUAUCCGUAUUCUACUCCAGAGGUUUGAUACUGAGUGCGGAGAUGAGAAUGAGAAGAGAGGAGAGAGUGAAGCUACAACAUCCUUCCUCUCCCAGCUGGCAACCUGGCAUAAAGAGGAACUAGACGAGAAACUAGCAUCCAGGGUCCAGGCUGAGAGCCCCAGUGUAGAUGAAACAGUUCGUGAACUAAAUACUAGGUUACAAGAGGAGAACAGGAACUUACAUCAGGUGAACACGAAGCUUCACAACGAGAUUCACUUCAUCAGCUUGAAGAAUGCCGAGAUGACGGAGCUCUUGAACGCCGAGACAACCAAGGCCGCAGAGCUCAUAAAUAAACACGAGGACUCAGAAUACGAACUUAGUAAGUUGAGAGCCCGGAAUGAUAAACUUGAAACAAUGCUACUGGACAGUCAGGAGAAGCUGGCCGUAUUUGUUGCUGCUAACCAGGGUAGGGAGCUCCGUACUACACAGGUGUUUACUGGUACCGAGAAGAAGACGAUAGAAGAAUUGCAGAGGGAACUUGAGGACCAACGUGAGCUAGCGCAAAACAGAAUGGGUGAAUUAGAAGGUUUGAACACUAAGUAUAAAGAGUGUAUGCAGAAUGUUGAGAAGCUAAGAAUGGAUUUAAGUACGCUCCCUGAGUAUGUAGUCGUAGAAACUACAGAGCACAAGUGCCUUCAGUCACAGUUCUCUGUCCUCUACAACGAGGCUAUGCAGCUUAAGACACAGCUUGAAGAAAACAGAUCAAUCCUGCAGCAGAGCAAGAACUCGCAUAUGCGUCAAAUUGAACAAAUGGAGUCUGAGGAACUACUGGCGCAGAAGAAACUGAGGACAGAGGUUAUUCAGCUGGAGGAUAUGUUGGCACAGGUGCGGAAGGAGUAUGAAAUGUUGAGGAUAGAGUUUGAGCAGAACCUGGCGGCCAACGAGCAAACCGGGCCCAUUAACAAGGAGAUGAGGAACCUUAUCACAACCCUGCAGACACAUAAUACACAGCUCAAGGGAGAGGUUGCCAGGUAUAAGCGUAAGCAGAAGGAGAAAGACUCUGAGCUUGCUAAACUACGGAAGGAGUGUGACGAGUUAAGAGCUGCGGAGAUCAGAGCUCUUAAAGCUAAGAAGGAGGAGAUGAAAGAGAACGAGGAUAUUAAGGAGGAGAUUAAAAGAGAAGAUGACAUAAAGAAAGAGGACGAUGAGGAUGUUAAGCCAGGUCAGAUUCAUUCAAAUGCUGAGAAUUGA